GAGAAGGGAGCCGAUGGUCUAGAUUCGAUCAAAUCACUUGCUUUUGUAUACGGAGAGACUGAUAAUCCAUAUACAAAGACCAGCGAACUAUUUACCUGGCUUUUUGGCCACGAAAUCGCUGACACAGUCCUGUUGCUUCUCAAUGAUCACAUUUACAUUCUCGGAAGUAAUCGCAAAGUCGAAUUCUUCGGAUCAGUCACUGGAGACAAUCAGAGCUCAGGAAAAGUGCCAACAGUCAGCACACUGCUCCGCGAUAAAACCGAUAAAGACGCUGGAAACUUUGAAAAGCUCAUUGAUCACAUCAAAAGUGCAGGCGGAGAUGUUGGAAAUUUCGUCAAAGAGAAAUUCAGCUCGGAAUUCGUCAGUUCGUGGAAUAAGGCGCUCGAGGAAGGCGGUGUCAAUAAGAAUGACGUUACUCUCGCGUUUACUCAUCUGUUCGCAGUUAAAGACGAUAAGGAGAUGGAUUUGAUUCGAAAAUCAGCACAGGCUACAACCGCAUCAUGGACAGCUGCGAGAGCUCGCUACGUGGAGAUCAGUGAUAAUGAAAAGCGAGUCCGUCACUCUGUUCUCUCCAAUCAGUUUGCCGCCUUCAUGAAGGAUUCAAAAGUACAACAGGCACUGGCCAAGUAUGAAGCCGACACAUGCUAUGAUCCAAUCGUAAUGUUGGUGGAAAUUACUAAUUCAAAUGGAAUCAUGAAAGCUCGGUCUCAUCUUCACAGCCAGUUUGGAACAAUCAUCACCUCGUUUGGAGCACGUUUAUCAAAAUAUUACCACAAGAUGCAGACGUUCAGAAGAUGUUGAUUUUCGUGGAUCGCAAGUAUGAUUCUGUGGUUGUUCCAAUAUUUGGAAUUCCUGUCCCAUUCCAUAUCUCUAUGAUAAAGAAUUGUUCGCAAUCAGUUGAAGGCGAUUUAACAUAUCUUCGAAUCAACUUUGCCACUCCAGGAUCUCAAGUUGGAAAGGAUAGUGGGCAAUUCCCACAUCCACUUGCACACUAUAUGAAGGAGUUCACGUUCCGUGCGAGCAACAUCAAGGAUCAUCACAGUGAUUCGACUGCUCCGAGCCGUAAUUUGAGCACCGCAUUCCGAUUUAUCAAGGAAAUGCAGAAGAGAUUCAAGUCUGAAGAGGCUGAACAACGGGAGAAGGAAGGCGCUGUUAAGCAGGACAAAUUGAUUUUGAGCCAGAACAAAUUGAAUCCAAAGCUCAAUCUUCUGAUUUGUCCAAAUAUUAUUCAGAAGCUUAUCACCGGAUCGUUGGAGGCUCAUACUAAUGGAUUUAGAUACACAUCUCUUCGCGGUGAUCGUAUCGAUGUUCUCUACAACAAUAUCAAAAUUCUUCCAAGCCUCAGAUGGUCGCCCAAAUCCUGAUGAGCAAUAUCGAUAAGAUAAAAGAAUAGCUUCACACUUGCGAUAUUUGGUACAGUGAAGGAAUUCAAUCACUCAAUUGGGCAAAAGUUAUGAAGACAAUCACUGAUGAUCUUGAAGCAUUCUUUGAAGAAGGUGGAUGGAGUUUCCUGAAUGCUGAAUCUGAUAAUGAAGAGGCAAUGGAUGAUUCUGAUGAUUCGGAUGCUUAUGAUCCUGAAGAAGAAGAUGCAUCUGCUGGAUCAGGAAGUGAAAGUGAUGAAGAUGAAAGUGAAGGUGAAGAGACUGAAUCCGAUGAUGAUGAUGAAGGAUCGUUGGAUUCCGAUGAAUUUGUACAGCCAAUUUUCGCGUUUUAAAU